UGGAUUGUAGACGAUUCAGCACCUGAAGGUAUUCCUGCAGCGAAGAAGACAUCGAGAACAUCUCAGAAAGGGAGCCAAGGGCAGUCUUCGAAGGCCAAAACAUCCUCAAAGAAUGGACGAUCGAGGGUUACUGGAAUUCCUAAUUCUGAGAGAGCGUCGAAAGGCAGCAAGUCGGCAACUCCUAGUGUGUCAAAUGCAAAGAGAAACAUUCAGGGAAAGGCAGACGAGCUGCUUCAUCUAAUAGAAACACAAGUUGAAGGCGACCCUAGUAAUCUUGGAUCUUGUUCGACUGCCACUGAAUCGAAGAUGACACCUCGCCGGAAGGACAUGAUUGACUUGGAGCAUGAGUCAAUCAGCAAAGGUUCCAAUACUAUAUAUCAAAAAUCGUGUGAGCAUCUACAAAGUCUACGAGGGGCUGUAGAUGAAUAUACGCGGUUGAACAAUGCCAAGGCCAAUCUGACAAAGCCCUCUGAGGUUGAGCAGUGGAAGCACGAUUCUACGGAUAUAGCACAAGUAAAUAAGAGAGCCUUGGAAAUUGCAAAGGAUGGACUAAAUGGCAUGGUGCUCGGAGAGCGGAGGGCGAAUCUUUAUCGUUCACCAGCACCAUCGGUCGACGACGAAGUUGACCAAGCUGCUAGCAGAUGGCUCCAGACUGGGAUCCAGAGAAAGGGAAAUACUUGGGGAGACGCCGCAAGAGACGCUCUCGAGGCGAUAUCUGGGAUUGUUAAGAUAUUGUCGUGA